AUGGCGGAGCACAGUUACAGCUUUUCGCUGACUACGUUCAGCCCGUCUGGUAAACUUGUCCAGAUUGAAUAUGCUUUGGCUGCUGUAGCUGCAGGAGCCCAUUCAGUGGGAAUUAAAGCUUCAAAAAGUGUGGUGUUAGCAACAGAGAAGAAACAGAAAUCCAUUCUGUAUGAUGAGCAAAGUGUACACAAAGUGGAACCAAUUACCUUUGUAUAUAGUGGCAUGGGCCCCGAUUCCAGAGUGCUUGUGCACAGAGCUCGAAAACUGGCUCAGCAAUACUACCUUGUUUACCAAGAACCCGUUCCCACAGAUCAACUGGUACAGAGAGUAGCUUCUGUGAUGCAAGAAUAUACCCAGUCAGAUGGUGUUCAUCCAUUUGGAGUUUCUUUACUAAUUUGUGGUUGGAAUGAGGGACACCCAUAUUUACUUCAGUCAGAUCCAUCUGGAGCAAGUUACUUUGCCUGGAAAGCCACAGCAAUGAGAAAGAACCAUGUAAAUGGGAAAACUUUCUAUGAAAGAUACAACGAAGAUCUAGAACUUGAAGAUGCCAUUCAUACAGCCAUAUUCACCCUGAAGGAAAGCUUCGAAGCGCAAAUGACAGAAGAUAACAUAGAAGUUGGAAUCUGCAAUGAAGCAGGAUUUAGGAGGCUAACUCCAGCUGAAGUUAAGAAUUACUUGGCUGCCAUCGCAUAA